GUAACACUUGCUGUAUAGAAAGCGCUGAACUCAACUUCUGUCGCUAUUGGAUGACAUUCACUGCGCUGCGUCCUUUCCCCUCUCCAGAGUCGAGUCCUCUAUCAUAGAUAAGGGCCUGAUCACAAUCCCGAGUGGACUGUUUGGCGAUCACACGAACAUAUCACACUCAUGCUCUGAGACUGAGCAGCAGAAAGAAAUAAAAGUUGGGCUGCUAUAAAUAGCCUACUGCCUCCCCUCACACUCCGUCUCCCUCCCCUCCGAGCAGCGGCAGGACCCAGCGCUGGGCCGAGUUGCUAUUGGAUUAAAAUAGCAUCAUCUGUCCUGCCCUCCCAUGCCUGGGCCGCAGCCGGGCGCACAGUCCCAGCACUGUUUGGGAGCAGCAGGAAUGGGAAGAUGGCUGAAGACCUGGGAGAGCUGCUGGUCCCUUACAUGCCCACCAUCAGGGUUCCCAAGUCAGGGGACAGGGUCUACAAAACGGAGUGCGCCUUCUCUUAUGACUCUCCUGAGUCUGAUGGAGGUCUGUAUGUGUGCAUGAGCACACACCUGGGAUUUGGCAGAGAACAUGUGGAGCGACAUUAUAGGAAAACUGGGCAGUCAGUCUACAUGCAUCUAAAGCGCCACAUCAGACCGAAAGCAACCGGAGCAGCAGGAGGUGCCUUUCCAAAAAGAAUAAAUGGGAGACUAUUUUUAGAACUAGAAAACAACACCGAUAUGAACUCUGAAGAUUAUGAAUACGAAGAUGAAGCAAAACUUGUUAUAUUUCCAGAUCAUUUUGAAAUUGCCUUGCCAAAUAUAGAGGAACUACCUGCAUUGGUAACAAUAGCCUGUGACGCAGUCCUUAAUUCAAAGUCUCCAUAUAGAAAACUUGAUCAAGAAUCAUGGGAAGAAGAGCUUCAGGUUUCAAAGUUUGCAAACAACCUUGUGCAAAUAGACAAUGGUGUGAGGAUUCCACCAAGUGGCUGGAAGUGUGCCAAGUGUAAUCUCAGAGAGAACCUGUGGUUAAAUCUGACAGAUGGCUCCAUUAUGUGUGGAAGGUGGUUCUGUUCAGGCAGUGGUGGGAAUGGGCAUGCUCUUGAACACCACAAGCAAAUGGGCUACCCUUUGGCAGUAAGACUAGGAAGCAUUACCCCAGAUGGGGCAGAUGUGUAUUCAUUUGAUGAAGAGGAAGCAGUUCUAGAUCCCCACCUGGCCAAGCACCUUGCACAUUUUGGCAUUGAUAUGCUGCAGAUGCAGGGGAGUGAGAAUGGUGUCCUGGACAAUGAUGUCAAACCAAGAGUAAAUGAGUGGGAAGUUAUCCAAGAAACUGGAUUAAAGCUAAAGCCAAUGUUUGGCUCAGGCUACACUGGCAUCAAAAACCUUGGGAACAGCUCCUACCUCACCACAGUGAUGCAAGUCAUCUUCAGCAUCCCUGAGUUUCAGAGAGCAUAUGUGGGAAACCUUACACGAAUAUUUGAUUAUGCACCUCUGGAUCCAACACAGGAUUUCAGCACACAGAUGGCUAAACUUGGCCAUGGUCUGCUGUCAGGGCUGUUCUCCAAACCUCCAAUGAAAUCUGAGCUAAUUGAGCAGGUGAUGAAAGAAGAACACAAGCCUCAACUGAAAGGCAUUAACACUCGAAUGUUUAAAGCGCUAGUGAGCAAAAGCCAUGCAGAAUUUUCUUCAAACCGACAACAAGAUGCAGAAGAAUUUUUCAUACAUUUUGUAAACCUGGUAGAGAGAAAUAGUAUUGGCUCAGAGAACCCAAGCGAUGUCUUCAGGUUUUUGGUGGAGGAAAGGACACAGUGCUGCCAGUCAAGGAAAGUACGUUAUACACAGAGAGUUGACUAUAUCAUGCAGCUACCAGUGCCCAUGGAAACUGCUACAAAUAAAGAGGAACUGAUUGCAUAUGACCUGAAAAGAAGAGAAGCAGAGAGUGCAAAGAGGCCUCCACCAGAGCUGGUCCGUGCCAAGAUCCCAUUCAGUGCCUGCUUACAGGCCUUUUCAGAGCCUGAAAAUGUGCCUGACUUCUGGAGCAGUGCUCUUCAAGCCAAGUCUGCGGGUGUUAAGACAUCUCGCUUUUCUUCAUUCCCUGAAUACCUGGUAGUCCAGAUAAAGAAGUUUACAUUUGGCCUUGAUUGGGUGCCCAAGAAACUCGAUGUGACUAUAGACAUGCCAGAUCUUCUGGACAUCAACCAUCUCAGAGCUACAGGGCUCAAAUCAGGAGAAGAAGAACUUCCAGAUAUUGCUCCUCCUAUUAUCAUUCCUGAUGAUCAUAGAGAUCUUUCCAGGAACGACUUUAUGGAACCUCCUGACAUAGAUGAAUCUUCAGUGAUGCAGCUGGCAGAGAUGGGCUUUCCUCUAGAAGCCUGCCGGAAAGCAGUGUAUUACACAGGGAGCAUGGGGGCAGAAGUGGCAUUUAACUGGAUUAUUGCGCACAUGGAAGAACCAGAUUUUGCAGAACCGUUGACCAUUCCUGGUUGUGGAACAGUGGCCUCCACAUCAUCUCAUGGGCAGAAUGCACUAUUAAACCAGCCCCCAGAAGAGAUUGUAGCACUUAUUUGCUCUAUGGGUUUCCCAAGAAAUCACGCUAUCCAGGCACUAAGAGCAACAAACAAUAAUCUUGAAAGAGCUCUGGACUGGAUGUUCUCUCACCCGGAGUGUGAAGAAGAGGCUGAUAAUGUCUCUGGCUGUGUUGAUACUGAGAACAAUCCCAAUGGCAUUAUCACAGACAGUGAACAGGAUGGCCCUAGAAUAAAGGAUGGCAAUGGAAGAUAUGAACUCUUUGGGAUAAUCAGCCAUGCUGGAACAUCUACAAUGUCAGGACAUUACGUCUGUCAUAUCAAAAAGGAAGGAAGAUGGGUGAUUUAUAAUGACCAUAAAGUUUCUUCAUCAGAGCGACCACCAAAGGACUUGGGCUACCUUUACUUCUAUCAUAGAAUCUCAUGUUAAGCCUUUAUUUGGGUUCCAGGGCUGUAAAAUGCCAUGCAAAUUUUUAAUCCCGAUCCAAAAGUGUAAAUGGUUGAAAAAAAGCAAGUUGGGGGUGAGGUUGUUGGACUGCCAGAAUACCAAGAGAUUUAUCUAAAUAUUUAAAUCUUACCUAACCUAAUAUCUGAGGCCUUUUAGACUGAAAGUUGCCAUUACUUAUAUGACUAUGUUGCUUUCUGUACUUUUAUAUGUAAAUGUAUUCAUGCUUUACAUGCUUCUCUGCCAGAGGUACUGGUUACAUUCUUUUUUUCAUUUUAAUUAAUUUGAAAGUUGAUGCUGAGGAAUAUUAUGCCGGGUUCCAAAAAUCUCUGGAAAUCUGAUGAAAUCUGAUGAAGCAUAAAGCAGUUCUAGAAAUAUAUUUUGAUGAUCAAUAUCUUUUUUUUUUUUUUUUUUUAAAAAAGGUUUGACAUUCACUGGCUAUUUUAACAUAUCACCAGUAGGUGGUGCUGGUGUUAUAAUUGUUGGUAUAACAUUAAGGAGAAAUUGAACAACCUUUCUACAGAUCAGAAAGCAAUAUAAAGGUAGCUUGUUGGGUAGCAUAUAAAUACACAGAUUCUAAAAUAUGUUUCCAUUCAGAAAAAAAAAACAUUCUCCUAAAACCAAAGCAGAAGGUCCACAGUUGCUUUUUAACGAAUUCUGCCUUCUAGUGACUUGCUAAAUGUAAUUUAGCAAGUAUUAGUAGUUGCACUGAGCAUGGAAUAAACUGCAGUUCAACAGUCACUGGGCUGUAGCUUUAAAGCACUGCCCUAUAGAAUACAGCCAUUUGACUUUGCUGGCAAAGUUUAGAAUAAUUUCCUUACUACAAUGAUUGUAUACAUUUCAAGGUAUAAUAAGCUGCUUUCCCAGACAGUAUUACGAGCAUGGGAUUGGCAUUUUCAGUAUCUCAGAGAGAAUAAGGAGACAGAUGGAUGUGAUUGUACUUUGAUGGAUUUUUAUGUUCCCGUGUUAGGUGGCAUUACUGCCUUGGAAGCGGCUUUUUGCUGUACAAACAAAUAUCUCAUUCUUUCAAAAGCGAGUGCCAUGUAAGAACUUUAAAUUCUUCCCAAGGUUGGAUAUUUGGCAGUCGGGGAAUACUGGCUGCUUGAUCUUGUGUAUUAGAACUACAAAAAGAUAAGGUAAUUUGCCAAACGCCAAUACAUACAUGUACCAAAUGUACAACUGCCACUUUCAGCCUAAAAAUUCUGCUGAAUGAAGAAAUUCUAGAGUGUAGAGACACUUUCUAUUUAAUUGCUUUUACAAAAUGAAAAAACAGUGGUUUAAUAAGCAGUUUUAUAAAAAAAAAAAACAAAUAGAGCACAUAUAGAAAACAUAUAGAACAAUUAUAUAACUUAUAACAAAAUAUGGUGUAAAGAGUGGGAAUGACAUAGAAGCAGUACUGAUUCUACAUUUCAGCUCCCAGAUAUAGGCAUAUAUACUGUAUAUACCUAUAGAUGUACAAAUGUGCUUUAUAGUCACUAGGUAUUUUUUUCUUAAAAUACAUGAAACAAUCACUUGUUUUUUUUUGUAGUAUAAUUUAGGAUAGCAGUAUAAUUUUUUCCAAAAGCAAAGGAACUGUAUGUUUAUUGGAAUCUUGGCUCGUUACUUUUUGGUCAGGGUUUUAUUUAUAUCUGCUGCUACAAACUACUUAGCACAUAUACUGUUAUCUGUGCUAGGGCUGCCACAAUGAACCAUGGGGGCACAUAUGCCUACUUGGCCAUGCCUCAGACCUAUCCAACCACCAUCCUAAUCUGUCCAAGCCCGGCCCCUGAUUUGAACAAACACCUCAGGAAUUCCCAGGAAUCUCCACUACAUUGGGAACUGACUAGGCCCCCUUCUUUGAUUGGGUCCCUGACAGGACUCAGAUGUGGAAAUCCUCUAUGAUUUCUUUGCACUAGAUAUAAUGAAGCUCAUCAGCACUUCUCAUCAACAUUCUUUAUUGUUGCAAUACAUAAUCUGCUGCAGCUUUAAACAACAGUAUAGAGUUUUGUGCCCUCAUCCCAGUGCAAGUCUUCACCCACAGAAAUGUAAUACUAGAUGGAUAAAACAUUGGUAGUAACAGAGGCCGCUCACAUAAAGCCAAGUAAAAUCUUUUAAACAUGUAAACAUAUCAAUAUUUGAUCUUCAUUCAAACAUUAUAUAAAGAUAAAUUUGAUAUAAUUGAAGAAAAUAAUGACAUUUUGACUAAUUCCUGGCAAAAACAAACGCAAGUAGGCAUUUCUUAUAACUUUAUUUCAGUCUCUAUCAUUGACUCUGAGAAUUUUUUGCAACUCUUUCAUGUACAAUUGUUUCAGCUGUGUGAUGUUUGAGGGGUUUCUUGAAUGCACAGCUAUUUCACAUCCCCUCACCUUUUCAUAGGAUUUAGAUCUGGGCUUUUACUUGACUUUUACACAGCCCUCUCUUUUUUUUCAGCAAUUCCUUAAUGGAUUUACAAGGAUGUUUAGGGUUCGUAGGGUUUAGCUCAUUGUCAUGUUGAAAGGUCUACCUUUGGUUGAGUUUCAGAUGGUCUCUCAUUAUUCUCAUCCUCUGAUACAAUGAAAAACUCAUAUUGGAUUAUGUGAUGGUGAGUCAGUCCCUGAUGCAGCAAGGAAGCCCAAAAUCAUAACAUUUCCAUGGCUAUUCUUUACAGCUGUUAUCAGGUUCUUCUGGUAUUGUUUUGCAUCAUAGAAACUGUUCACUCCAUUAAGGGGGGCCAAGCAAGGCCUGCAAGACUUUUCCCCUACAACACUAUUCCACAUGACCUGAUCUUCACCUAGGUUUUCAUGGACUAACUUGGUCUUGUCCCAAUGUUCUUUCUGGACAGCAAUGUCUCCUCCCAGCACACCUCUUAUGUCGAUCUAAUUUGCGGAGCCUUUUUCUAAUGGUAGACUCUUGAUUAUGAUAUCAGUAGUGGGGAGUACUAACUAUCAGUCCCAUGUUGAAAUUUUGAUGUUUAUAGAGACUUUUUUGAACAUUUUGUUCUUCUCUGAUUUUGCUGGAAUGGCAUUGGCUUGGAUUAGUUGGCAGCUGUUUGAAAUCCUCUCCAUUCAACAACAAUGAACAAACUGUGUCUGAGGUUUAAAUAAGAUGGGUUCCUCCAAGAUCCCUGCUUACUUUGUUCUCAUGAUUUGCCCCCCAUCUCACACACCUGAUUCUAAUUUUAGGUAUAUGAGCUUUUUAUUAGGUAUUUGAACUACUUCCACAUGCAGAAUUUGCAUUCAUGUUUAUUUAAAUGACCCAAAGAACUACAAAAUGUAAAUGGUGCAUGGUAUCUCUUAUAUUAUAUGUUGAAAUUAGCUAUUAGUAUGUUGAUAGAUUUUAUAUAAGUCAAAAAUAUUGCAAUGGUUGUAAUUACUUUUCCACAUGUAGACCUCUAAAUAUUUUCUCCACCACUCUUAUUUACCAAGCUGUCCAUAAUAUAUCAUUUUGCCACUGGUAUAUCACAGUCUUCACAUGAAUGCCACAUAUUUGUAUUUGACUUGGAAUGGGUCACCUAGGAUCAUUGUCAUUGAUUAAUGCCACAUAUUUUUAGUUGGAUUGGAAUGAAGGCUUGUGUGGAGUAUGAUGCUGAGCCACCUGGGGGCAGUUGUUCUUAACUCCAUAUAUGUUAUACAGACAUAUGUUCCUUAGUCCUUCAGAAGGGAAUGAUCCCUAUAAUAACACAUCUUCUCUAUGCAAAUACCGUGUCCCCUACACUAGUCACAUUAGCACAAAUGAAGUUAAAGUUAGGACACACUGUCUUCUCAGUGCUGUCAGCAAUGAUUUAUUUAAUAAAUAAAGAAAAACACUGCAUGUUUCCAGCUAAAGAGCUUUUAAGGUCAUGCAGACCUUGCAGAACAAUGUAAGGAUGACUUUAAGGUCUAUGACUUUUUCAGAGAUUCCACCCACAUGUUUUGAGUUCUUUUUUACCAGCUGCAGUAGUAUGCUUAUUCAUUUAGUACUUGGUACUGUUCUCUGGCUGGCAGACUGUGGGCAGUGUGUCCAUCUCAUGUCAGAAUGAUUGAAAUAUGAACCUGUAACCUCUACAUACCCAUAUAACCUACAGCUUCCAGUGUUAUGGUAUAGCCACUGGUAACUGAGACAUUAUGUAAUUCUCUUUUAUUAAAGCAAGACUAUAGUAAAAUCCAGUAUUACACCAGUUAGAACAUGGUCUGUUUCUUCUUUCCUCUUGUUUUAGCGGUGAAGAAAAUAGUUUCCCUUAGAUAAUUACAUGUAUAUUGAACUGCAAGGAAUGAUUCUGAGUUUCCAAAUUUGAUCUGUAAUGAAUCAGCCCCAUAGCACAUUGGAUAACCCUGGGUAUGAAAAUUGUGUGUGUGUGUGUGUAUGUUUUGUGUGUGUGUAUGUGCUUUGCCUAUAUACUAACACAGUAUACACUGUGAGCUGUUUUUAUGUGAAUAUUGGCAUUAUAUGUUAGCACUGUGUGCAAGGUACUCUCACAAAUGAUAUGACUGUGUGGCAUAUUCUAAGGACUGUUUAAACAGUUUAAUUGAUUGAUUUUUCUGGCAGACAAACUUUGUGAAAUAUUACGUUAUUUACUUUUCCUAUUCAUCCAUUCUAGGGGGCUAGAAUCACAUUUACUGAUCAUGAAAGCAAUCGAGUUAAGUUAGCUAUACACAGGCCAACAUGAACCACUGACUCUGCAGCUAAUUAAACCAUGUAUAGGGUUAAAAUGACAGCCAUUUAUGCUAUGUACCCCCAACAUAGUGUAGUGUAGUUCCUUAUUGUAAUUGUUGGUCCUGAGACCAAAUGAUUGUCAAUGGCCUACCACCUCAGUGGCCAUAUCAAGCAAAGAUUAUUUUUUUCAUGGAUGGCCAUCUUAAGGCUUUCCAGUCUGUAGCUCUUUCUCUGCUGGACUACAACCCUCCGCAUUCUGUUGGAGGAUACUGCUAGUUAUAGAUUAAAAAGGUUGUUGAGCCCCACAAAACAACAAUGAAAAAUCAAAACAAAGGUUCGUCUGGCCCCAGACCUUCCUUCAGUAAUGCAAUACAAAGAAAUAUUUACGUAUGCAAGGGCUGAUUUGUAACUUCAUUUUCAAUGUCUGUUUACAGCUUUGGCAACCAGCUCCAUAUUAAAGAAGCAGGAAAGUUAAAAUUACAGGGGGUACCAAAUACAGGCACCCCCAGUGAUUAUAAUUGGUUACCUGAUGCAUUCAGUUUAGUAAGAAGCCAAACUUUAAACAAAACACCAGCCUUUUCAAACCUUCAAAGAAUGAAGCAGAAGAAGAUAAUGGCUCUGUGAUGCUCAUACAGAAGAACCCCAGGUCAUUGCAGUUUUCUGAUAACAGGAGCACCGGCCUGGGGUAUCCGGUAAGCCAUUAUAAUUGCUGGCGGUGCCUAACAUUUGAUGAUUGUGAUUUUAACUAUCCUAUUCCUCUAGACUGAUGGCUGACAUGAAGAUUCGGGGGAGAUUGGUCGUCCAGCAACAAAUAUUCUCUUCUUUGGGCGACUAAUGUCCCGGAAAUGCCUUCCUGCCGACAAGAAUACGAAUCGCUGGCGGAAUGGCUUAGUUUCCUCGUGAGGCCACUUUGGACGACUUGGAAAAACAAAUCGAUAUGUAUGCCAUCCCUCUGGCAAUUUGAAUUCUUGCUGGCGGGAUGGCAGUUGCUAGGCAACUAAUCUUCCAGGAAUUUUCACAUGUGCCACCAGCCUUAAGAGUUUCCUCUCUUAGAUUGUGUCUGUCUAGAACUCUAUUCAUUAGUGCACUGUAUUUUGGGCUGAUUCUCUAUCCAGGGUCAGCGCAACCUCCGUCCCAAAUGAUCUACCCAUCACGACUUAAUUCACUUCUUAAUACGACAAUACGUUCUAGGACUGACACAGUUUUUACAAUGUAGGCUACCUUUUUGUUAUACAGAAAAUGUGCAUACAGGCAGAUCAAAGAAUACACAUUUCCCAAUUGACUCUUUUUUUAAUCUGGCUGCAUCGCGUAUUACAUACCGAUUCCAUAGUUAUUUCACAUCUGACACUCUUGACAAAUAUUUCUGGAAUCUAAUCUGGGUGACAACUAGGGAUACACCGAAUCCAGGAUUCAGUUCAGGAUGCGGCUGAAUCCUUCUGCCCAGCCAAUCCAAAUCCUAAUUUGCAUAUGCAAAUUAGGGGUGGGGAGGGAAAUUGCGUGACUUUUUGUCAGAAAACAAGGAAGUAAAAAAUGUUUUCCCCUUCCUACCCCUAUUUAGCAUAUGCAAAUUAGGGUUCGGUAUUUAGCCAAAUCUUUCGCGAAGGAUUCAGGGGUUCGGUAGAAUCCAAAACAGUGGAUUCAGUUCAUCCCUAGUGACAACAACUUCAAAACCAUAGGUUAAAGAUCACCAGACUAGUGUGUAUUAUAGCUUCAACCGAUGUACUCGGCUCCUCACACUUUUUAUGACGGCAUCGCUGUGCUAUGCAGAAAUUGCCUAAACUCAUGGAUCUUCAACCUGUUGUAGUUCAUCAAGAGCUGGAGAGCCACAGGUUACAGAUCCCUUGCAAAACAGGUGCAAAAAUGUUAUGGGUUUAAAGACUUUGUAAAUCCUGGGCAAAUAAGUCAUGAUAUUUUGUUAUACUUCUGUGUUUGUCUCCUGCAUUUAUUCUAUCUCUCUGGGGAAAAAUGCCUGUCACUGCUGAAAAAAAUGCCCAGAAGGAAUGAAUACUGUUACAAAUUAUUUAAAUUAAAAGAUUUUACACAUCUAAAA